AUCCUCCGCUGAUUUAGAACUCUGCUUCUGCACUCUGCCUCAUGACUUUGUGAUGCCAAUCAGUCGGCGCACUACUAUUCGCUCUGCAGUUUUCAGCACUACUCCCUUAAGAACACCUGAGCAGUAUUUGUCUUGCGCACCCCAUGCAUCCACACUCCCGCCAAUGGAACAUGUCAUCUUCCCCGUGUUAUCUCGCUGGUCUUCUUCGUCAUUCUACUCGUACAUCAUUUCACUGAGUGUCCUCGCAUUGAUGCUACAGUAUCUGAGUAUAUACAAAACCGUGUGGUGGAGUGCUAACUCUGAGAUUGAUUAUCCCUUGGAUUUCCGGUUAAUCGAUUUUUUCUUAUUCGGUCACUGUGUGAAUAUGCUGGUUGCUCCACGAUCAUAUUUACUAUUCAUUCAG